CCCAGCAUCGGUCACAGGGGUGAUAUCUCCCCGACAUCAGCACCGGACAGAAGAACGGGAGGUAAUUCAUCUUCGGCAACGGGAGCAUAUUCUUCAUCAUCCACCCAAGUCCAUAGCCAACGGAUGCCACAGCACAAUGCACCAGGGAAUGCGCCAAGCCCAUCGGCACGAGACACAAGAAUGGGUCACCCUGUUUCAUCAUCCACGGGACCGAGCCCGCUGCCUGCAAAAAAUGGAAGAGCCCCGAGGCCACAUCCUCCCGAACGCAAACAAUCAAAGAGAAAGCGGAAAAAGCUGGACGAUAAUGUGGGCUCUGCGGAAUUAAAUAAGGAGACAAACAAGAGUUCCCCAGACCGCCAGCAAAGAGCCAAAGUCACAACUCCCAGUGUCGGUAGCUCCAUCGCUUUCACCCCUAUUAACAAGGCUUUUAAUUCUCAACCCGUACCGGCUCCUUCCGAAGCAUACCCCAGUGUCGGUAGCUCCAUCGCUUUCACCCCUAUUAACAAGGCUUCGAAUUCUCAACCCGUACCGGCUUCUUCCGAAUCAUACGCUCAGGCUGCAAAUAAUGGGGUCUCAAAAGGGGUAAGACCAAACAAACAGUCAAGCAGCCGAGGCGUGCCAGCUUGGAAAAUGACAUGUAACAAAUAUGCAGAUUCAGGACGUUGUACGAGAUGUGGGGAGUUGCUUCCAAGCAAAAAUUACUCCUCCCCGCGGUGUGACAAGUGUAGGCAAAACGCCAGGGAAAGAAAGCAAGCCAAAAAGGAUAAGGGCGUAACAAGAAAAAGCGGUCAAAAGAGGAAAAGAAGGCCAAAGAGGAUGCUGCCGGCACAGAGGUGGCAGAACCUGACGCUUCCAGCUCGGAAUCGGAGGGUGCGCAAGACGAGGCAGAUGGAAUGGAGUUCUCAGAAUGGGAGUCUACAGAUGAUGGAGAGAAUGACUCUGAUAUGGAUGGGGCUGCCCAGGAGCAGCUGGUUUGCGUAUGAGCUGGGACAUGGACUGCGGGACGAAGAGUGUUAG